UGACGCGUCACCCAAAAGUUCUGAUUCCAUUUAUAAUGAAAUUAACGCGCCACAUUAUCGAGACUUUCUUAAUGAUGUAACUUUUGGAGAAGGAGACUCUUGGUUCGAUAAGCAAAAUAACACGACUAUAUUAUCGUUUCUUGAAAAGAAAUUUGACGUUCUUACAUUGGCAAAUGAUUCUAAACUCAGUACAGAUUUAAAAGAUGAUAUAGAUAUAGCAUAUAAGCAGGAAACAGUUUCUAAAGAAUCUAACAUUCAAAAGCAUCUCGAUCCACCACAGCGCGUAAGAAACUAUCCUACACUUAGAUCUCUAGGAAUACAAAAACGGCAACCCAUGAAGAAGUUUAUUCCAGAAUUAACAGUGCCAAAGCCGUUUAAAUUUCAUACUAUUACGCGUAUUAACAAGACGGAGAGGACAGAGAGUCAACUUUUAAAGUCACCAUACAUUCCGCUGGCUGCGCGCAUUAAACAAUUUAUGGAAAGGACUCCUGAUAGGUUUAAAUCAAAUCUUGUAUCAAUUAAGCCUACUGCCAUUCAAGUAAACCUUCCGACAAAGCCCAAAUCUCCAAUUUUACGGACGAAGCUAAGAGCUAAAUCACGCAAAGUGUUAGAAACCGAGAAAAAAAAAACAAAAGAAAAUCAUAUAAUUCAUAAAAAGUCUGUAAACUUAAAGAGAUUUGAAUUUGGUGUACCAAGAAUUAAGAAAGCUGAUAUCACAAUACCUCGUUCUCCGCCCAUAACAAAACCGAAACCACCCGUGCGAAAAUCACCAUCUCCUCCUCAUAUUAUUAAAGUUAAUCCUAUUCCGGAUUUUAAAGAACCAUUCAGACCAAUUAUUCCGCGCCGGAAGUUGAAAAUGCCAAAAUUUUCAUUACCUGGAGAUGAAAUUUCUCAUCGUAAAGCCAAGGAAAAAGAAGAAAAAAUAAGAAGAGAAACUUUAGAGCAAGAGAAGGCUCGUUUGUUUAAAGCUCAACCACUUCCAAGUGAUUCACCGGAUGUAG